UCUCCCGUGCGCGGCCUGUCGUUCCCGCUUGCGGCACGCGCCUCUCAUCCAGACGAGCAUCGCUUGUCAGAUAGCGAGAGACGCUCGGCGUAAAUAGGUCGCUGGAUGCGCGCACCAGGUGCUCGAGUAAAUAGCCGACUCGGAGCGGAGUGUUUGGCCUGUCGAGGAUGUGACAAUACCUUCGAUGGCACGAUGAUUCUGCGAGUGAUUCGUGACGCGAGGAAUUAAAUAUCACAGCAGUGUGAAUUAGCACAGAUCCGUUUGUCCAGACCGUCGAUCUCGAUCGAAAUUACGAAAUCAUGUGAAGCAAGAAAGAGAUAAUCGUGCAUGGAAGAGGCAAAAGUUUGUCGGAGGACAGAGGCAAACAGUCGGUAUCGAUUGCCGAGCGUUUUCGCGAUGCGUGGCGGCCGAACGGAUUAGAAGAGAAAAAAAACGAGAGCGGCAGGUGUUGAAAGAGGAGAAAAAGCUUCGAGCAUCGAUCUUGCGCCCGGUGCAGUUACCAUGACGCGGCGGCUCGUCCGACACGUCGAACCGUAUCCACUUGGGGAUCGUCGGCUCUCGGGAGGAGAUCGACGGGCCUACAGUUAGUAGGCUGUUCCGGGUCUCGGAUUAACGGAGCGGUUCACGAUGACGAACACGAGGACAACGUCUGCGGGGAUGACGCGGACGAUGGGUCUUCCCGACGGAAUGCAGGAGGCCGAUCGAACGCCUCCCGAUACACCCUCCUGUUACGUGGUGCUCCCGCGUAAACUUGCCUCUGUGACGUGUUCGAUACAGUAGCAACGAGGAUAACCGCGAAUCGAAGGGGCCAAUUUGAUUAAUCGGGAUAAAGACAGAAAGUUUGUAUUUGCGCGCGAACGUGACCCCGAUAAAUGCAAGAAGUCGUUACUCGCGAUAACGGAGCCAACUCUUAGCAAAGAUGGACUGCUGUAACUACGUCGAGGCUUACACGGGAGGGGGACACUUUUAUCAACAGCAACACUAUUUCUGCUACGAUAACGCGAAUACCGAGUACGCCGGAUACGAUACGCCUCCGAUUUCGAACGCGAUCGAAACUACCGCGCGGUACAACGGGACGAUACCACCUGCCUACCCCACAGAUUACGUGUACAACCCAAAAGAGGCGAGGCUGCGGAAGGCGAUGCGCGAACAGAAUCGCGAGCUGUCCCGACGAUCGAUCUUGCAGAGUGCGAUCGCCAGAGCCGGUGUAAUCUCUGGUCCAGUCACCUCUGGUUUCCUGGAUCACCAGCACCGUUUCGGAUGCGUGUCCUCUGCGGGUUUGCCGAUUAAUUCGACGGUGGAGUCUGAUCGAGUACCGGAGCCGUGGUUCCAGUCGAACUCACGACCGAAACCCAUCCACUCGCCGCGAAUGAACGACUGGUAUGGCAACGUUGGCGAUCCGAUCGAAAGACUGCAAGUUAUGGGCACCAUGCACCACCGUGGACCCGACAAAUGCAAAGACGUGAUGAGAAAUCAAGCUGUGGCUAGCGCCUCGGCCGCGGAAUGCGGUGCCGCGUUCUCCAACAACGCCUAUGCUGUUGACUUCAGCGACGUUAACAGGGAACGGGGGAUACGUCGACAGGAAAAUAUUCCGGACUAUGCUGAAUUCAGCGAUGGACAGAAAUGGCAUCCCUAUCAGAACGGCGGAGGUGGCCAUCAGCAUCACAGAGCGCCUCACCCCUCCCAAAUGGGUGGCAUCAUUCACCCAAACGUGCAGAACUUAAGUUCCCACGAACACGGACCGUGGAAUCAGUUUUGUCACGGUGUAAUACCGCAUGGCCCGCCUAUGCCUAGAAACAUUGGAGUCCGUGGACCACGGCAUACCGUGCUGCUACGAGACCGCCUACCUGCUAGACACUGCGAAUUUCCUGAGGAAACGUCACGGUUAACUUAUAAUACCAAUAAACUUAACGUAGAGAGCAUACGAGCGUCUUACUCUCCUCCUCAGCACCAGAUGCCAAGAUUGAUCGAAUCGUCGGUGGAUUCUGUUAUGGACUCCUCCACAUCGAGAAUCCGUCGCGAGGACGAAGGACCUAGGUGGGAGCAGAACCCCAUCAACAAUGGAAUGUCCAUGGACAACCUCGCACCCGCUGCGGAAUCGAGCGCACCCCGCGAAAAGGAGCGCGAGUCCCGAAGGUCCGCAGAGCGCUUCGAGCCGAAGAAGAAGACUGUAAGCAAGCAACCGUUACCCGGUUUCCAUCAGGCGUUCGGGUCGACGGAAAUCGGAAGGUUUUCCCGUUCAGAGUUCUUCGUGAACAUGGUGGGCGAGAGUGGCGGCAACGUGGAGGUAGCUGACACGGAAAACAGCAACUUACACCCGAAGACCUACCUCUCCACACCAGUUAUUUUUCCCUUCUCACCGAGAUCCUGCGGAAUCCUUGGAGCCUCGACUGCCAUUCACAGGAUCGCGGAAAACGGUGAGAUUCUUUCAAGAAUCAUCCCUGAUGAUUGCUGCUGGUUUGCUGCUAGAUCCAGGUGCGGAGUUUCUAGGAUUUCCGAUAAUGUUGUGAAUUGCACAUUUUUGGACUACUCCCGUCACUCAGGAGAGAAAGAAUGGUUCUACCAGAAGAACAUGCUGAAUCCGUCGGAGCUGCGUCGAGAUAACUACGAGUCCAACGAACAAAACGAUGGAAAGUACAUAGUGAUCGGUACAUCAAGCAAUAAUAAUCGAAACAUUCCUAGUUUGUAUAAUGAUGAAGAACCUUGUAAACCGGCUGUAAAAGUUGAACAGGAUGACUCCUCGAAAUCACCGAAGCAGGACGGAGAUAACUGAUUAAAGAAACUACGAAAAUUGCUUUAAACAUAUUCUAAACUUAUGUAG